UCUUUGGGGAAAUAUCUAGAAACUACUAGAUGCUAAGAUACAGGAGUGGAGAAACUUUAUCACUUAGCUAGCUAAAUUCAAAUAAUUUCUUAUCAAUAAACAUAACUUCAGACAAGUGUCACAUCGGCCAUAGACCGAUAGACCAUAGACACCAGAUGAACACUCCAGUCAUGGAGCACGGGGCGGCACGGUUCCCCUUCCCCUACCAGCCAUACUCCAUUCAGGAGCAGUUCAUGGAAGCAUUGUACUGCGCACUUGAUGAGGGGAAGGUCGGGAUUUUCGAGAGCCCCACCGGGACAGGAAAGUCCUUGAGUCUUAUAUGUGGGUCACUCGCCUGGCUCCGGGACCACGAGGAGAGGAAGAGGAGGGAAGCUGCCCGGUUGCUGGAGGAGGCCGGGGCAGACAGCCAACAUGACACCAGCCAGGGCAGCGGCUCUUCCUCAUCCGUGGCCCCCUCCUCCUCUUCCUCCUCCGCCGCUGCAGAGCCCGACUGGAUCGCAGACUUUGUGCAGAAGAGGGCAGAGAGGGACCUGGUCAGCAAGCUGAAGGAAGAGGAGAUGAAGAGGAAGAGGAGGGAGGAGCGUCUGGAGCUGAUCCGACACAACGCCCAGCUCAAAUACGCCCUCAAGCGCAAGAGCAGCGAGGAUGAGGAGGCGGUACGGCUGCUCCAGCUCAGUAAGGAGUCCCUGGAGGAGGGGGCGGGGCCAGGGCUGGGGGCGGGCCUGGAGGACGGGGAGGAGGAGCUCAUCGUGGCCGAGUACGAGAGCGAUGACGAAGCCAAGCCCAAGAACAGGUUUUGUGAUGAAGAUGAUGACGAUGAUCUAGAAGAAGACCACGUGACCAAGAUAUACUACUGCAGCCGCACGCACUCUCAGCUCGCCCAGUUUGUGCACGAGGUGCAGAAGAGCCCGUUCGCUGGGGACGUCAGCCUGGUCACCCUGGGGUCUCGGCAGAACCUGUGCAUCAAUGAGGACGUUCGCAGGCUGAGCAGCGUGCAGCUCAUCAACGACCGCUGCUUGGAGAUGCAGAAGAACAAACACGAAAAGAGAGAGAAGCCAGUGGAGGAGGAGCCUAAGCGGAGGAGGGGCGUGGCCAAGGCGGUGUGCCCCUUCUACAGGCAGGAGGCGCUGCAGAGCCUGCGGGACGAGGUCCUGGUCAAGGUUCGGGACAUCGAGCAGCUGGUGGCUCUGGGCAAGGAGAAGAAGGCUUGCCCUUAUUACGGGGGCCGGCUGGCUAUCCCAGCUGCCCAGCUUGUGGUGCUGCCCUAUCAGACUCUACUCCACGAGGCCACACGCCGCGCCUCGGGCAUCAAGCUGAAGGACCAGGUGGUGAUCAUCGACGAGGCGCACAACCUGACCGACACCAUCACCUGCAUCCACAGCUCUGAGCUCACAGGCGCCCAGGUGUGCUGUGCUCACUCCCAGCUGUCCCAGUACCAGGAGCGCUACAGGAAUCGCCUGAAAGCCAAGAAUCUGAUGUACAUCAAGCAGAUCCUGUUUGUGCUGGACGGGCUGGUCCGGGUGUUGGGAGGGAAGGUUGGACAGAACCCUCAUACCCAGACCUGUCAGCCAGGUACCGAGCUGCUGACCAUCAAUGACUUCCUGUUCCGAGCGCAGAUUGAUAACAUUAACCUGUUCAAGGUGCAGCGCUACUUUGAGAAGAGCCUCAUUAGCAGGAAGCUGUGUGGCUUUGUGGAGCGGUACCAGGGCGCGGGCGUGAAGGUCAGCUCGUCCAAUAAGGAGAACCGGAGGACGGAGGGGCUGGCCCACUUCCUGCAGGCUCUGCAGAGCGGUCAGCAGGCCCAGCCAGUACCGACUCCUGACCAGACAGUGGCAGAAGAGGGGAGGCAGACCAGCAUGAGCUCCCCCAUGAUGCAGGUGGAGGGUUUCCUCUUUGCUCUUACCAAUGCCAACAAAGAUGGAAGAGUGGUGGUCCAGAGGCAAGGGGUUCUGGCCCAGAGCAGCGUUAAGUUCCUGCUGCUGAACGCGGCGGUGCACUUCGCCCCGGUGCUGAGGGACUGCCGGGCCGUCAUCAUCGCCGGGGGAACCAUGCAGCCCGUGUCCGACUUCAAGGACCAGCUGCUGCUGUCGGCGGGAGUGUCGGUGGACCGCAUCGCCGAGUUCGCCUGUGGUCAUGUGAUCCCCCCGGAGAAUAUCUUACCCAUAGUGCUGUGCAGCGGUCCCUCGGGACAGGAGCUGGAGUUCACGUUCCAGAACAGGGACACGCCGCAGAUGAUGGACGAGGUGGGGCGGAUCCUGUCCAACCUGUGCAACGUGGUCCCGGGCGGCGUGGUGUGCUUCUUCCCCUCUUACGAGUACGAGCGUCGCAUCCUGGCCCACUGGGAGGCCAGCGGGGCUCUGGGCCGGCUGUCUGCCAAAAAGAAGAUUUUCCAGGAGCCCAGGAAGGCCAGCCAGGUGGAGCAGGUGCUGACGGAGUACUCCAAGUGCAUCCAGCGCUGCAGCCAUGCUGGGGGCUCCCUGACGGGGGCGCUGCUGCUCUCUGUUGUUGGGGGCAAGAUGAGUGAGGGCAUCAACUUCUCAGAUGAGUUGGGCAGGUGCGUUGUCAUGGUUGGCAUGCCGUACCCCAACAUCAAGUCCCCGGAGCUCCAGGAGAAGAUGGCCUAUCUGGACAAGACCAUGGCCCAUGUCGGAGGGCGGAGUCCUGGAAAAGCACUGAUUGAGAACCUCUGCAUGAAGGCUGUCAAUCAAUCCAUAGGAAGAGCUAUCCGUCACCGUGGCGACUACGCCUGCAUCCUCCUGCUGGACCGGCGCUACUCCCGGCCGGCCACGCUGCAGAAGCUUCCGGGCUGGAUCAGAACCAGCGCCCGCGUGCAGCCCGGCUUCGGCCCCGCCUUCAGCAGCGUCAGGAAGUUCUUCCUGGAGAAGAGGCAGCAACAGGGCGGGCCGUAGGGGGCGGGUGGCACUGCGGGGAGGACCCGGUCGGACCAGGGCGGUGCACUACACACCAGUCAGUUUGAUUGGCUGCUAUGGAUUUGAUAGAUGCCUCAGUGGGGAGAAUGGGGAAAGUUAAUGGGUGGAACUGCAAUAAGCUAUGUGAUAUUUAGCCAUGCACAUCAUCCAUCCAUCCAUUAUCUAUACCCGUGUAUCCUGGGCAGGGGGGUGCUGGAGCCUAUCCCAGCGUGCAUUGGGUGAGAGGAAUGCACCCUGGACAGGCCGCCAGUCUAUCGCAGGGCACAUCAUGAAUGUCUGAAUGAUACUUUGGACAUUCUUGGAAAUUAUGCUACAAUGAAUUUGUGAAGCCAAUUACAACAGUGCCUUCAAGAAAGAAAAAAAAAACUGAAAUGUUCUUUUUGCUAUUUACACUCUAAAUUGAGGGCCAUUUGUAACGUUUUGGGAUAUGAUGUCAUAAGUCACGAACAAUAACAAAAUAU